AUUCAAUACGGGGUUUGCAGCUAAGGUUGUUUCGACCAGGCUCUGUGGUAGUCAGGACAGAGACAACGGCGAGUGGUGACAUACGAACCAGGGAUCUGUUCAAACUUCGGGGCCAUGUCUGAAGCUAAGGGGGCGUACCACGUCGCACCGUCUGGCUUUCAGACGAACAAACACUUAGAGUACAGUUCUCAGCAUAUGAAUGACCAAAAUACAUGUCUUUCACGGCCAAAGAAAGGUAGAAAGGGAAAGAUGCAACAUGCCAACCAGUCUUUACAAUCUGACCAAAAGCCAAACAGCUGUAAGAAGCGUCUCUGUAAUCGUCCUCAAAUCGAUAUACGGCGCAUUGUACAAAUCGGGCACAAUAGAAACACCAUUUCUUUUAUUCAAAAGAAAGACUCCAAGGCUAGCGUUAGUAAUACAACUAUUGUACAACUCGGGCACAACAACAUUGUAUAUAUAUACUUAGAUGACAAACUCCCCACGAACAUACUGCUAGGAGACACGGUCGUCGUGUACGUCCCCCCUGGGUGUGACGGCAGGCCCCGAGUGUUUGUCUGCGAACAGAUAGGACCUGACAACCAGAUCGUCACCCACUGUCGCCACAAGUCGCCACGGAUCUAUGAACGACAGACAUUCGGCAACUUCCGGUCACGACACUGUCACGUGAUCAGAUCUGUCCUGCUGCCAGCUGCUUCCGGCUCCAGUAAGAAAGCUGCGGGCCGUCAUAAGCCUUUGACUCCCGGGGACUGCGAUGUCGUGACCAUCAAGCAUGGUGGCUCUCAUCGGACUCGCACAAGAAAAAGAGUGAAACCUCACAGCAGGAAGUACCCGCUUCUUCAUCCCAUCGGGGUCAAGGACACCAGAAAACUGUGAACCCUGUCUGCCUGAGAAGAUACAUCUCUUGAACGUUUUGGUUUCUCGUAUCGAUUUACAGAUAACAUGUUUGAGCGGCAUUUUAGAAGUUGUGACGCACAAUAU